AUGUCAUUGGUAGGAUAUGAAAAUUUCAAGCUAGCACGAAGAAGGCUGGAGGGUGAGGCUGAGCAAAAAAUAGUUAAGGCUGGGAGUGGGAAAGGGAGGGGAUGGAAGAAACCAGGGGGUUUGCAACUCAAAGCUAACUUUGAUACAGUUAUUAGUGUGGCCUCUCGGUGUAUGGGUGUUGGGGUUGUCAUAAGGGACUGUAAUGGAGAUGUUUUUGCUGCUAAAUGUGCUAAAAGGCCAUACAGUUGCCAUGCUUUUGUUGUAGAAUGUACUGCUCUUUGGGAAGCUAUGGUGCUAUGUGAGGAUUUGGGAUUAAGGGGUAUGGUGUUUGAAGGGGAUGCUAAGUGUGUAAUAGAUGCGGUAAAGAGACAUGUGAUGGAUGAUUCAAAGUUUGGUCACUUGGUGGAAGGUCUGCAGCAGAAACUGAAAAUGUAUAACAGGUGGGAAGUGGGUUUUGUUCACAGGGAGGGUAAUGAGGUAGCUCAUCAAUUGGCUAAAAUGGCUAUGUUUGGGGAUGAUGAUGUGUAUUGGAUAGAGGAGGGACCAUAA